GAGGCCUGGGGUCGAUUAUCAACGUGGCCUUCAAGAAAUUGUUCUUUUCGCUUAGAUUAGAGAAUAUUUUUUCCCCCUAAAUUGCCUCUGAUCAUGGAGUCUUAUCUUCAGAAGGCUGCAGAAGUGAGCAACCAACAUCCAAAACCCAUUAUCAAGUUCGCUUAUGGGACAGCAGGAUUUCGCACGCGAUCUGACUCUCUUGACUCUGUGAUGUUUCGCAUGGGUCUCCUUGCGGUUCUACGGUCCAAGGCCAAGAGUGGUCAAGUUAUUGGUGUGGUCGUCACUGCCUCUCAUAACCCUGUUCAUGAUAAUGGUGUUAAACUGGUGGAUCCGUUUGGUGAGAUGUUACAGCCCUCCUGGGAAAGGCAUGCGUCGGAAUUGGCAAAUGCGGAAGACGUGGUUGAGAUUCUGAGAGGGGUAGUCACGGAACACGGUAUCGAUUGGAAUGUUCCAGCCAAAGUGUUUAUCGCCCGGGAUACGAGACCAAGCGGCGCGCAGUUUGUGAAAGCCCUUGCAGAUGGAAUUGAAGCCUUAGGUGCAUCAUAUCAUGACUACGGUGUUUUAACAACCCCACAGUUGCAUUACAUGGUGAGAUGUCACAACACAGAAGGUGAAUAUGGUGAGGCAACAGAGGAGGGAUACUACAAGAAAAUUUCCAAAGCUUUUCUGCAUCUGAGGUCACUGUCUGGGAAAAGUGGUGUCCCUAUCAUCAAACUAGACGGUGCAAAUGGGGUGGGAGCUGUCAAAAUAAAAGAGAUGACUAAGCACCUGUGUGACUCCCUGUCUAUAUGGGUGUGUAACGAUGGUUCCACUGGAAAGCUUAAUGAGAAGUGUGGUGCUGACUUUGUAAAGCUUUACCAGUGUGCUCCUGAUGGCAUGGUUAUUACCCCUGGUGAUCGCUGUGUAACAUUCGAUGGUGAUGCUGAUAGAGUGCUGUAUUUCUUCUUUGAUAAAGAGAAUAAGUUCCAUUUGCUUGAUGGUGAUAAAAUUGCCACCCUGAUAGUAGGUUACCUGAAAGAAAAACUUGACAAAACUGGAGUGGUGCUUGAAAGAGGCUUGGGAAUAGUCCAGACAGCAUAUGCCAAUGGUAGUUCAACGUUAUAUGCUGAAAACACACUUGGUGUUCCUGUAGCAUGUGCAAAAACAGGCGUGAAGCAUGUUCACCACAAGGCGGAAGAAUUUGAUAUAGGCGUCUACUUUGAAGCUAAUGGUCAUGGAACAGUAUUGUUUACAAACAAUGCUAUUAAUAAGAUGAAGUCUGUUAUGCAAAACACAGAUGCCAACUCUGAGAAGCAUAAAGCUGCAGAGCAGUUUUUGAGCAUGGUAGAUUUGGUCAACCAAACUGUUGGCGAUGCCAUGAGUGACAUGUUAGUGGUUGAAAGCAUCCUCUAUGAGAAAGGCUGGAGCUUGGAAGAAUGGAGUGCUGCGUAUACUGACCUCCCCAACAGGCAGCGUAAAGUCACGAUCAAGGAUCGCACUGUCAUCCAGACAACAGAGUCUGAAAGGAAGGCUACAACUCCUGAAGGGCUUCAAGACGAAAUUGAUAGACUUGUCUCUGAGUACAAAAGUGCAAGAUCUUUUGUGCGACCAUCUGGUACCGAAGAUGUUGUCCGGGUUUAUGCAGAGGCUGCCACGAGGGAAGCUGCAGAUUCUUUGGCAUUGGCUGUUAGCCAGAAGGUUUACGAUUUUGCAGGAGGUAUUGGAGAGAGACCGUGAUAUCAUAAAAUGAUUUGAUUAAUUGCUUUAACAUUUACUGUAGAAGUCAUUUUUGACAUUCUUUCAGCUUGGACAAAAAUAAUAGUCAUUUGGCUACAUGCAGCAACUAUAAUUUGAUCAAAGCAAUGAAUUGUUAGGAUACAUGUAGUAGUAAAUCUUUUGUUGCUCAAAUUGUGUACUGGUUCUUUGACACAGAAAUCCACUUUAUGGACACCUCAUUGCACUGUAGAUACAGUGGGUUUUGUACCUAGCUCAGCUAUUUUUUCCUAAAUGUUAUAAAUCCACUUAGUGCUGGCACCACAUCAAUUCAGAUACUUUCUGAUUUAGAUACAAUAUCUGUAGUAAAUGCUACUGACUGUAUGUGUAGUGUACAAAACACUUUUUUCAUUAGCGUUUCUGUUAAUUUAAAAAAGGUGAAUUAAGGUCUCAUUAGCUAAAGAUCAAGUAUUUAAAUUACAUGAAGGGAAAAACUAAUUUAAGAACAUUAAGUACCGGUAAUUAAUUAAAAAAGCAUUAUUUUUUGGAGAUCAGGUCAGGUGAGGUUUGAGCUAUAAAGGAUAGUACAGACUUGUGAAAGUCAUCUUCAAAGUGAACUUUUUGCUUUAAAAUUUUACUUGACAAUGAAGUUGUUAUAAACAAUAAUCAUCUCUGGAGAUUACCCUCACCAGGUCAAUAACACUAAAAAAUAAAUUAAUAUGGUCCAAGAAAAUUUUGUAAUUUCCAUUAUUAUUUUAUUAUUGAUUUAUUGUUUUUUUAAAAAUGAUGGUUUUAUUCUUAUCCUGCCUUUGUGUAGCUAGGAAAAUGGAAUUGAAAAUAAUAAAAUUAGUUCAAUGAUGACAUUUCAGUAUGAGAACUAAAUUUAUUGCAUAACAACACUUCUUAGUAUCACAGAUUCUGGCAUUGUCAUACCAAGUAAUCUUACCAGUUGACCAUAGGGACACAAAAAUCAAGCUGUCUGUCUGCAUCCCCUAUCAGUUUUUGCCAUGUGUUAGAUAGGUUUUAUCUGGCAUGCCAAGUCAGAUGACACAAUAAGCCUGACAUGUAUGAGCUGGGGCCACUGGG